GUACCUGGUUCUCACAAAUACGAAACCACUUGUGGUUAGUAGUUGAACAGAUGUGAUCACUUUUGUUCUCUGUUCAUAUGCAUAUUAUGUAUCUUUAUUGCUGGAAUGUGGUAGAGAGUCCUUCCUGUCUAUGGUUGAUGUCUUCGAUGGGUUGCAGGUGGUUAGUGAGUAGGUACCAAUUCUUUAUUUGGUAGAUGGAAUCUAAUGAAAUUGAUACCCAUGUACUGCCUGUGCAUGAGCUGGUAGGUAGCUAUGGUUUUAAGGUUGUGGUAGCAUACUUGGUGUUUGUUUAUGGAACUACUAAAUGGAGUUGGGCGGGAAAUGUGAUAAUCCAAUAUGUAUUGAGAGAUAUUCUGGGAUGUAACAUGUCGUACACUACUUUAAUGGAAUUUCAUCUGCUGUAUGUUGGAUCAUCAUAUGUCUCAUUGGGUCAUAAGGAGUCAACGCUACCUCGCGUGGUGAUAUCUGGGGGUAAAAGAAAAAUAAAAUGCAGGAAAUUAAAGCCGUCAUGGACAGCCAGCCCAUCGAGAAACGCCCCCAGGCAGAACCCAAAACCAAACAUGAACUACGCCAAAACAUGAUCCGGAGAUUCCGGCUUCCUCCAGGCACAUACAACCCCACGGAAGAUGGGAAAAAGAAAAUAGAAAAUCCCUCCUUUAACCCCUUUUAUCGUCGACCAGCAGCCAGCAACAUCAAUUGGUGAAAGCUCAG